GUUUGGGGAUUGGCUGGUGUAGUCCAGCCCCAGACAACUUCCCCUGAGAUCAGAAUCCAGGGGCAAAGGCUGUCCAGGUGGAGGGGAGAAGAAGUCGUGUGGGACUAGCGGCUCCAGGCAGAAGAAUGUCACAGCUGAGCCUUUCCUGGCUGGCACUGGGGCCACUGGCAGCCUCCCCGUGGCUCCUCCUGCUGCUGCUGGGGACCUCCUGGCUCCUGGCCCGAGUCCUGGCCUGGGCCUACACCUUCUAUGACAACUGCCGCCGCCUCCGAUGUUUCCCAGAGCCCCCAAAGCGGAACUGGUUGUUGGGUCACCUGGGUCUGGUCCUCCCCAAUGAACAGGGCAUGAGGGACAUCACUCGGCUGUUCACCACCUACCCCCAGGGAUUUAUGAUGUGGCAGGGCCCCACCUUCCCCCUCGUUGUUUUCUGCCACCCAGACAUGAUCCGGGCUGUCACCAGUGCCUCAGCUGCCAUCGCACCCAAGGAUAUGGUCUUCUACAGAUUCCUGAAGGCUUGGUUGGGGGAUGGGCUUUUGCUGAGUGCUGGUGACAAGUGGAGCCGCCAUCGGCGAAUGCUGACACCCGCCUUCCAUUUUAACAUCCUGAAGCCCUAUGUGAAGAUUUUCAGCAAGAGUACAGACAUCAUGCACGCCAAGUGGCAGCGCCUGGCCUCAGAGGGCAACACCCGUCUGGAUAUGUUUGAACACAUCAGCCUCAUGACGCUGGACAGUCUGCAGAAAUGUGUCUUCGGUUUUGACAGCAAUUGCCAGGAGAAGUCCAGUGAAUACAUUGCCGCCAUCUUGGAGCUCAGUGCCCUUGUGACCAAACGGCAGGAUCAGCUCUUCCUGUAUUGGGACUUCCUGUACCACCUCACCCCUGAUGGGCGGCGCUUCCGUCGGGCCUGCCGCCUGGUGCACGACUUCACAGACGCCGUCAUCCAGGAGCGGCGCCGCACCCUCCCUGAUCAGGGUGUUGAUGACUUUCUGGAAGCCAAGACUAAGACCAAGACUUUGGAUUUCAUUGAUGUGCUCCUGCUGAGCAAGGAUGAAGAUGGGAAGAGGUUAUCAGAUGAGGACAUCAGAGCUGAGGCUGAUACUUUCAUGUUCGAGGGCCAUGACACCACAGCCAGUGGCCUGUCCUGGGUCCUGUACAACCUCGCACGGCACCCAGAAUACCAGGAGCGCUGCCGGCAGGAGGUGCAACAGCUCCUGGGGGACCGGGAGCCUAAAGAGAUUGAGUGGGAGGACCUGGCCCAGCUGCCCUUCCUGACCAUGUGCAUCAAGGAGAGUCUGCGCUUGCACCCCUCAGUCACGGCCAUCUCCCGCUGCUGUACGCAGGACAUUAUGCUGCCUGAUGGCCGGGUUGUCCCCAAAGGUGUUAUCUGUGUUAUCAGUAUUUUUGGGACCCAUCACAACCCAACGGUGUGGCCGGACCCGGAGGUCUAUAACCCCUUCCGCUUCGACCCAGAAACCGCUCAGGAGAGGUCACCUCUGGCUUUUCUUCCCUUCUCAGCGGGGCCCAGGGCCUUGUCACAUGCUGUUCGCUCCAUUGGGGAUGUGCCUACGACUCAUCAUUCAGGGUUUGACUGAAAUGUCACCUCUUCGUAGAGGCUCUUCCUUCACUGCAGAAGUAGCACACCAUCCCAGUUAAUGUCCACCCCACUGCUCCGUUUAUUUCUCUCAUAGGUCUUAUCACCAUCUGAAAUAAUCCUAUUUAUUAAUCGUGUGGAAUAUAUAAGGUUAAAAUAUCCAUUAGUUACAUCUAUGGGAAACAGCAAGGGCCUGUGCUAAGCUGGCCCAAAGCAUCAACUGGAUAAAUGGCCCAAUGGUGAGAACAUGGAGAAAAGGGAACCUUUGUGUGCUGUUGGUGGGGAUGUAAAUUGGCAUUGCCUCUAUGGAAAACAGUGUAGAGGUUCUUCAAAAAAAUUAGAAAUAGAACUACCAUAUGAUCCAGCAAUAUCACUUCCAGGUAUUUGCCUGAAGGAAUUGAAAUCACUCUCUCAUUGUGAUAUCUGCACCCUUGAGAUCAUUGCAGCCUUAUUCACAACAGCCAAAACAUGGGAGCAGCCUAAAUGUCUAUCAACGAUCAAUGGAUGAAUGAAUAAAAACAAUUUGGAGUAUAUGCACACACACACACACACACACGGAUAUUUCUCAGCCACUAAAAAAGAAGGAAAUCCUGCCUUUUGUGACAACACAGAUGGCAUUGGGGGUAUCAUGCUAAGUGAAAUAAGUCAGACAGAGGAAGACAAAUACUGUAAGAUCUCACGUAUGGAAUCUAAAAAAGCCAAAAUCAUAGAAACAGCAGAUUUGUGGUUGCCAGCGGCUGUGGGGUAAGGGGACUGAGAAGAUGUUGGUCACAGGUUGGAAGCUGACCCUGCCUUGUAGCACACUCAUUCACUGUGACCACGCAACUCUCACUGAGUCGUGGCUCUUCCUCUAUAAGCAGGAGCAGUAGUAACUGGUUUUCACUAUAAAACAGAAAAGCAUGUGGAUGAUGGGAGAAAGAAGCCCUCUUUUUCCUUAGUGGGGUCUACCCUCUAGAGUAAUGGAAAGGAUGCUUGUCUGUACAAAGAGCAAAUAAAAUGAAAUCACACAGGCAAAUUGGAAAUUUCAAAGCAACAGAGCCUUGAGGAUAUGACUUCAAGUCCCAAGAUACCCUCCCCCAGUUCCUGUAUGUCCUAGGACAGGAUUUCUUUUUGUUUGGGGAUUAUUUUUUUUUGCAUAAAAUUUUGCAUACAUUUCUAUCUCUGGCAAUUGUAACAGCCCCACCAAGAACUUAGAAGUCUGUCACCCCUUCCAUAUCCAAUGGGGGAAGUGGUGACAACCUCUGUUUGAAGGCUCCCUUCCUCCCUGGGUGGGUCAUUUCCUCUUUGGUUGUCUUUAAUCAUGAGAAAACUCUUGCCCUGGACCACCAGGCCUCUAAUAGUCAUGUGUAUGGGUGUGUAGUGUAACAAUCUCAGAAACAUGGGUGCAUUUAGUUCAAGGCUUAGGACACAUGAUUUUAAAACCACAGCAUGUUGUUCAUUUCCUUUAACACAUUAAUACAAAUGUGCAACCCUUCGGUUCACUUACUCAUAUUCUUGUGAAUUCAUUUCACUCCCCUAGGAGACAAACACCAGAAGGCAAGGGACCUUAUCUUGCUUGGUUUGUGCUUGAAUUCCUAGAGCCUGGAACACAAAAACGCUCAAUAAACAUUGGUUUGGAUGAAUGAC